ACAAACAUCUGAGUUGCUAUUGGUUUUCAUAUAAUUUUACGCUUCUCUGGAAACCACACUCUAGUUAAAACCAAAAUCUACAAUGUUCCUAUUUAUAUUUUGUUUUCUCUCAAGAGUCCAAAUUGUACCGUUACACCGCCAAAAGCAAGAGGAGAGAUAUGGGUUCCGACUCUCAUACCGCAGUUCCUUUGCUAGAAUCUUCCCCAUCAACGGGAACAGCUUCUGCAGUUCAAACCUUUGGGAAUAUUAUUGUUUCUAUAGUUGGCACUGGUAUUUUAGGCCUCCCUUUCGCUUUUAGAAUUGCUGGUUGGCUUGCUGGAUCGAUUGGUGUUAUUGUAGCUGGAAUUGCCACCUAUUACUGUAUGCUUCUACUGGUUCAAUGCAGAGACAAAAAGGCAUCCCAAGAAUUAACACAAGAAACAAAAACAUAUGGUGAUUUGGGUUACAAGUGCUUGGGUAAUGCAGGCAGGUUCUUAACAGAAUUUCUGAUUUUUGCAUCCCAAUGUGGAGGAUCAGUAGCAUACUUAGUCUUCAUUGGCCAAAACCUCUCUUCCAUAUUUAAACAUGGCAUUACUGCCUCAUCCUUCAUAUUCUUGUUAGUCCCCAUUGAAAUUGCUCUGUCUUGGAUUGGUUCUUUAUCUUCUUUAGCUCCUUUCAGCAUUUUUGCAGAUGUAUGCAAUUUCUUAGCAAUGGCAAUAGUGGUUAAAGAGGAAGUAGAAAAGUUGUUAAGUGGUGAAUUUAAGUUUAGUGAUAGAGUUGCAGUCACUUCUAAGAUAGGAGGAAUGCCAUUUGCUGGUGGGAUGGCAGUUUUUUGUUUUGAAGGAUUUGGAAUGACUUUGGCAUUGGAGGCAUCAUUGAAAGAGAGACAGAAAUUCCCAAUCUUAUUAGCCAAGGCUUUCACUGCGAUUACUCUUGUCUAUGUGUUGUUUGGAUUUUCUGGUUAUAUGGCUUAUGGCGAUCAAACUAAAGAUAUCAUCACUCUCAAUUUGCCCUACAAUUGGUCUACCAUUGUGGUUCAGAUUGGAUUGUGCCUGGGACUAGCGUUCACAUUUCCCAUGAUGGUGCACCCAGUUCAUGAAAUUGUAGAGGGGAAGCUGGUAAACAGUGAAUGGUAUCAAAACCUCUGUUAUAAUAAUGAUGAAACUUCAACAAGGAUUGGUAAAUUUGGAAGAUAUGCAAGUCGCGCAGUUUUGAUUGGUGUUUUGGCAGUCUUGGCAUCAUUUGUUCCUGAAUUUGGUGUAUUUGCCUCACUUGUGGGAAGUACAGUGUGUGCAAUGAUCUCAUUUGUUCUGCCAGCCACAUUUCAUCUGAUAUUACUAGGUCCUUCUUUGAAUUUUUGGCAGAGAGCCUUGGAUUAUUGCAUUCUGAUAUGUGGAUUGCUAUUUGCUUGUUAUGGCACUUACAACACCAUAGUUGGUGUUUGAAAAAUUUUGGGUUGAAUUCUGUUUUUGGCUGUAACUACAAGUAAUAGCUGCAUGGAAAACAUAUGAUUAGAAACAGGAAGAGAAGAGAUAUCUCCAGAAAUUGCACAUUUGGAUACUCAAAAUAUUAUCAACUGGCUUUGUAUUUUUCAUAGCGACUAUAGUUAGUUUUUUAGUUCAGUCAAAUAUUUCAGAGUUCUUCUGAGCAUUCUCUUCUCUUUAAUUUGUUCCUGUAUUCUUUAGGAAUAUCAUUGG